AAAUUUCAAUAUAAUGUUAUAACAAAAAAAAAAUAUUAUUGACUCCAAUGAUUCGGCUAUAACGGCUAAGCUAACAAUGGCCACUGUGCGCAGCCCCAUCGCCACCGCCAAGCCCACCGUGUCCUUCACCACUCCGCAAAACUACGCCACCAGACUCUCUCAUCUCCUUGCUCUCAAGUCAUUCACUCCCCUAUGGUGUCCCACCAUUAUCACCGAACCCACUUCGCAAACCCUCUCCUCCCUAGCCCGCCACCUUGCCCCCUAUACCAUUUCUCCUGUUUCCGCAAUCGUCUUACCUUCUCGCACAGCAAUCACCGCCUUCUCGACCGCCAUACUCUCACUCACAACUCCUCUGUUACCUCCGAGCGGUGACGCAUUCAUCAUCGGCGCUCUGGGCAAAGACGCAGAACUGAUUGACACUAAAUUUUUGCUUAAUAUUUGUUCUAAUAUCGAUAGGAUUAGGGUUGUAGUUCCUCCAACGGCGACGCCGAGUGGGCUGGUGCAAUCGCUGGGGGCUGGACGCGGUCGGGGGGUGAUGUGUCUAGUUCCGCAGGUAGUCGGACUGGAGGAGCCUCCGGUGGUUCCAAACUUUCUCCGGGAUCUGCAGGCAGCGGGGUGGGCUCCUGUUAGGGUGGAUGCUUACGAGACUCGGUGGUUGGGACCUACCUGUGCGGAGGGAAUAGUGGAAAAGAGUGAAAAGGAAGGAAAUGGAUUAGACGCAGUGGUGUUCACGAGUAGUGCGGAAGUGGAAGGGUUGUUGAAGAGCUUGAGUGAGUUUGGGUGGGAUUGGAGGACGGUGAGGCGGCGGUGGCCGGAUUUGGUGGUGGCGGCACAUGGGCCAGUCACGGCAGCUGGUGCUGAGAGGCUGAGCGUGGAUGUUGAUGUUGUGAGUGGCAGGUUUGAGAGUUUUGAUGGCGUUGUGGAUGCUCUGCAUACUAGGCUUCGAGGUUAAAGAUGUAACAAAACACACAAAAGAUUGGAUGACAGAAAGUUGAGUAAUUGUGGUGGGGAACUUUAGCUAAGAUGCUUUAAGAAUAUGAGCAAUGUUAGAAGGCUUCAAUGAGAAGAAAGUGGUGUCCUGUUCUUCCCUUUUCCUGCUUAAGCAAGAAUGUGGAAACUGUUUGUAAUUGUGAAAAACUUACAAUGAUGUGUACACUAAUUAUCUUCAGUCUGAUUCAUCUGUUUUCUGAAAUUUUCCUGUUCUUUUCAUUAUCAUUAUUGUUGUUAUUGUUAACGUUACAAUCAUUGUUAUUAUUGCUUAUUUUAACCCUU